UGGGAAACGAGGCAAGAGCAAAUUUGCUCUUGCUCUUGCCAUCGUGGACAGCCUUACGGCACCGAAUCCAUCUCCACGGGAGAGACGGGCACGGAGCAGAGGAGGGGGCAGAAGGAAGAGACUGGAAUGGGCUGGAUUGGGCUCGCGGGAUAGACAAAACGGUUUUGGGUUGGGCUCGGGCGAGAGCUGACGUGGAUCCUACAUGUACCGACGCGCUAGCGUCCAAGAGUGGGAAAUCUGUAAAGAUUUUUCUCUUCCGUGAUUCUAUAGUGUCAAAAGUAAAAAUAUUAUUUGAAAAAAUAUUAUUUAUUAUAAUGAUAUAAAAUAAAGAUGUUACGAAGAGGUUUAUAGUGGUAUAAAGUUAAAUUCGGCGGCGGUAGCAGUUCGGGCUCAAGACUCCUGAGAUGGCCGGCGUGGAGCGCGACGUGGAGGCGCUGGACGGCGUGCGCUCCAUCGUGCUGAAGCCGUCGGAGUCGCUCGAUGAGUCCCGCUUCACCAGGAUCGCCGGCGCCGACUUCAACGACCCCGGGCUCGGGCUCGAGGGCCUGCUCGGCUCCUUCGCGUCCACGGGGUUCCAGGCAUCCAACCUCGGCGACGCCAUCGACGUCCUCAACCAGAUGUUAGAUUGGAGGUUGUCGCACGAGAAGCCUGGUGAAGAUUGCGAUGAAGCUGAACUUGACCCCAAAUACAGAGAGUCUGUGAAGUGCAAGAUAUUUCUGGGCUUCACUUCAAACCUUGUGUCUUCUGGCAUCCGGGAUAUAAUCCGAUUUCUAGCUCAGCGUCGCAUGGUGGAUGUUAUUGUUACAACUGCUGGGGGUAUAGAGGAGGAUCUCAUUAAAUGUCUUGCACCAACUUAUAGAGGUGAUUUUUCUUUACCUGGAGCACUACUGCGGUCAAAAGGAUUGAACCGGAUAGGAAAUCUGUUGGUGCCCAAUGAUAACUAUUGCAAGUUUGAGAACUGGAUCAUGCCACUAUUUGACCAGAUGCUACUAGAACAAUCUACCGAGAAUGUUUGGACACCGUCAAAGGUGAUAGCUCGUCUUGGCAAAGAAAUAAAUGACAAAAGCUCCUAUCUUUAUUGGGCAUACAAGAAUAAUAUUCCUGUGUAUUGCCCGUCAUUGACUGAUGGAUCACUUGGAGACAUGCUGUUCUGUCAUGCAGUCCGCAAUCCUGGCCUUAUUAUUGACAUUGUACAAGGUAUCAGAUUCAUGAAUGGGGAAGCCAUCCAUGCAACGCCAAGGAAGACAGGGAUAAUAGUUCUUGGUGGAGGCCUUCCAAAGCAUCAUAUAUGCAAUGCUAAUAUGUUCCGCAAUGGAGCGGAUUAUGCAGUCUAUAUUAACACAGCCCAAGAGUUUGAUGGUAGUGAUUCAGGAGCACAGCCUGAUGAAGCAGUUUCAUGGGGAAAGAUCAAGGGUUCAGCGAAACCUGUAAAGGUGCAUUGUGAUGCGAGUAUCGCUUUCCCGCUUCUUGUUGCUGCAACAUUUUCACGUAAAGUUCACAGAUCCAAAUCAACAAACUGAAUCUCUGGCACUGAGCUGUGGAUCUCCAGCUGAAUUUUGAUGAACUCUCCAAAUGAUUGUUGAUGUACGAGAUCUGAACAACUAUGGAUUACGCACGAGGUUGUUGACUUGGCUUGACAGUGCCAUCAUUCUUCCAUGUACACUUAUACUGUCGCUGUUAGCACAAUCUUUACUUGCAAUUGCACUUACAAUCCAGAUGUCGCUGUCAGUAAUUGCCAAUUGCCAUGCAUGAUUCUGUGCUGAGCAGCACGUAA